AUGGUGUACCCAUUGCUAUUCCCCAAUGGAGAACAAAGCUGGGGAAUAGACAUACCUUUACAACUCAGACCACAAGCCUUAAAAGAUUUAACAAAACAGCCACGAGCACCAAGAGUAAGAGUCAGCCAGAUGCAGUACUAUGGCUACCAUCUAUCCAUCAGAGACGACUUUAACGCCUUCCUAAAUGCUGGAUGCCUAAUGCAACAAUACAUAGUAGAUGCAUAUGUCAAAACAGAAGCCAACAGACUCAAUUUUGUCCGGCAAAAUCAGCCCAAAUUGAGAGUGGAGAAAUACUCAGGAUUAAUGGACCACUUAAAUGAAGAAGCCAAUGCAACAGGCCUAAUUCCAGGAAAGACAUUUAUUUUGCCAUCCUCAUUUGCAGGUAGCCCCAGAAACAUACUCCAAAACUAUCAGGACGCAACGGCAAUUGCCCGAAAGUACGGAAAACCAGAUCUCUUUAUUACCAUGACAUGCAACCCCAAGUGGGAAGAAAUUGUUGUUAACCUGCAACAUGCCCAAUCAGCUGCUGCACGACCUGAUUUAGUGGCAAGAGUCUUCCACCUAAAACUAAGAUCACUAAUUGAUGACAUCUGCAAGAAGCAUAUUUUUGGGCCACCCAAAGCCAUUGUGUAUGUCAUAGAAUUCCAAAAAAGAGGUUUACCACAUGCACACAUAUUGCUCAUCCUAACAGAAAACUAUAAACCAAAAACCGAAGCAUCCAUAGACAAAAUAGUAUCUGCAGAAAUCCCAAACAUUGAAAAAACUCCUCGAUUAUAUGCAAUCAUAACAAAGCAUAUGAUCCAUGGACCAUGUGGAACACACAAUCGGAAUUCACCAUGUAUGUCAAAUGAGAAAUGCACAAAGGAAUUCCCAAAAGAAUACCAGCAACAAACUAUUGCAAACAGAAACGGUUACCCCAAAUACAGAAGAAGAAACACUGGCCAAAGCAAAAUGGAGAAUGGAAAAACAAUUGAUAACAGCUGGGUUGUACCGUAUAAUCCAUAUCUAGCCCUGAAGUAUAACUGCCAUAUCAACGUUGAAGUCUGUGCUUCAGUUAAGAGUGUAAAAUACCUUUUCAAAUAUGUUUACAAGGGCCACGAUUGCGCAAAAGUAGUGAUCCAGGAACAAGACACUUUGAACCACGAUGAAAUCAAAACCUACAUGGAUUCAAGGUAUGUCAGCGCACCAGAAGCAGCAUGGCGUCUAAAUGGAUUUGAGAUGCAUUACCAAUCCCAUACAGUUCACAGGCUAGCAGUUCAUCUCCCAAACGAACAGGCAGUAAUUUUUAACCUCGAUGACAUUGGCGCAGCAGCCGACAGAGCAACAAGUCGUGAAACACAUUUGACAGCUUGGUUCAAAUUAAAUCAACAAGAAGAGAAAGCUAGAAACAUAUUAUACUCAGACAUUCCUUUACAUUAUGUCUUUGACUCUGCAAACUGCACUUGGAAAUUACGACAACGUGGUGCAGACAAAGUGAUCGGGAGAAUGUAUUCUGUAAAUUUACCAUCAGACCCAGAGCGCUACUGCCUACACCUCCUACUGUUGCAUGUACCAGGAGCAACAUCCUACGGAAAUCUUAGAAACGUAAAUGGAAUUGUCUACCCAACUUUCCAAGAAGCUGCCAAAACAAGAGGGCUCAUAAAUGACGAGCAAGUGUGGGAAAACUUCGGCUUGACAUACACCAUACAAAAUACAGAACAGCUAACAGAUACGUACAACCAGGCCUAUGAAAAACAAACAGCUGAGGAUAUGGCAAGAACCUUCAAUAAUGAGCUAAAAACAGCCAUGGAGCAAAUAUUAGCAGCAAGCCAGAAUGAUGAGCUUAGCCACCGCUGUUUUUUCUUGGACGGGCCAGGAGGCAGUGGAAAAACUUACUUAUACAAGACCUUACUCAGCACAGUGCGUGGCCAAGCACUAACAGUAGUAGACAAACUAAUGAGAGAGAUCAUGGAAAACAACAAGCCCAUGGGAGGAAAAGUAUUUUUACUGGGAGGAGAUUUCCGGCAAACACUUCCGGUAGUGCCACACAGUAGCCAGACACAUAUCGUUGAAGCCUGCAUAAAAUUUAGUACACUGUGGCCCACAUUCACAAUCCUCAAGCUACAAAACAAUAUACGAUCCAUCGACACAGAAUUCAGCAAGUGGCUAAUGCAAGUAGGCAAUGGAGAGACACCACGCAUUGAAGGAUUACCAGAAGACAUCAUAGAAAUCCCUGCCAGAAUAAUAUGCACAGGGGAUAUCGUUAAAGAAAUUUUCAGAGACAACAUUCCUGUGGACAACGUCCCCAAAACAGCAAACAGAUCCAUCCUUUGCCCUAAGAACAAUGAUGUUGACACCAUAAAUGAGCAGGUGCUCAACAUUUUGGAAGGCAAAGAAGUCACGUAUCUCAGUGCAGACACAAUAGAUGACUCCACCGAAGAGGAUUCAAAAAACUACCCUAUUGAAUUCCUCAAUGACCAAACACCAACAGGAAUGCCUAAGCAUUACCUCACCCUGAAAGUAGGCACAAUAAUAAUGCUCCUCAGAAAUCUAAACACCAAGAAAGGUUUAUGCAGUGGCACCCGCCUCAUUGUUAAAAACCUAGAAAAAAAUCUCAUCAUAGCACAAGUGAUUACAGGAUCGGCACAGGGAGACACGGUCUUUAUUCCAUGAAUUGAUUUGGCACCAUCCUGCACUGACUUACCAUUUACCUUGAGAAGGCGACAAUACCCAAUAAAAUUGGCUUUUGCAAUGACAAUAAAUAAAUCACAGGGUCAGACCCUAGAAAAGGUUGGAAUCUAUUUGCCUGAGCCAGUAUUCAGCCACGGACAGUUAUAUGUGGCAUUAUCCAGAGUCAGAAGUUUUACAGACGUCAUGGUAAAGGUGCUGGAAGGCCCAGAACAAGGAAGACUAUUAGCAAGCUCAGAAAGAAUUUUCACAAGGAAUGUGGUGUAUAAAGAAAUACUAUGA